UUUUGUGGCGAAUAUCUAAUCGGGAAAUUCCAUUGUCUUCGGUGGUUUGUGUGGUUUGUUUUCAAUACAAAGGUUUUUGUUUUUUGCGACAUAUACGUUGUAAAUGCUUCAUUAUUGGGUGGAAUCUGCGGUCCGAACAUUUUUCUGAAAUCCUGCCAGUGGAAGGAGAAAGUUUGACACAAGGAAACAAUGUCGGCCAACAAUGCAUCCGUCAGUGGGCAGCUGCAAAACAAAGCGUCAGAACCCAUAAACGAAGAAUCAAAAGAAUCUAGGAACGGAGAAAAUUCCCCUGGGACCGAUGAAGAAUAUGCCAGUCCUCAUAGCAACACUGUGGCCUCCCGUUUGUCCUACAAGGAAGCCAUGAACACACCUCUGUCAACAACAGCAGGCGACACUAAUACGAAUGGGUUUAUGGAAAUGCCCGCAUCAUCGACUUGUAUUGAGGGUGUCUCCCCGAUGGCCAUUUACAACGAGGAACGUAUGAGACGAAAGUUGCAGUUUUUCUUCAUGAACCCCAUAGAAAAGUGGCAAGCACGUAGAAAGUUCCCAUAUAAGUUCGUAGUACAGAUCGUAAAAAUUAUUUUGGUAACUAUGCAACUAUGCCUGUUUGCACAUUCACGGUACAACCACAUCAAUUACACAUGGGACAAUCGAAUUGCUUUCUCGCAUCUCUUUUUGAGAGGCUGGGAUUCUUCGCGGGAAGUCGAGUCGUAUCCCCCAUCAGUUGGCCCAUUUGCCCUCUAUGAGAAAAGCGAGUUUUUCGAUACAAUCGACUAUGCCAUCAAUGGCUAUGCCAAUAUGAAUCGAUCUAUUGGACCGUAUGAUUAUCCGACAAAGGAUAACAGCAUGGCUCCAAUGAAAUUGUGCCUUUACAAUUAUCGCGAAGGAACUAUAUUUGGUUUCAAUGAAUCCUAUAUAUUUAAUCCUGAAAUUGAGCUGAUAUGUGAAUCCAUACCUCCAAAUGUCACGGCUGUUGGUGUGGAAAAGUAUCUGGAACAGAGGGGCGUUGAUGUCAGCUUUUCCUCGCUAGUUAAGGCGACUUUGGUAUUUGCGAUAAAAACGGUUAAUUUUAAGGCCUACGGUGGGCCUCUAUCGGCUCCGGAUUGUUUUAAAUUUGACAUUACCAUGUUCUUUGAUAAUCGCGAUCAUGAUGGCCAAAUGCUCUUGUCACUGGAUGCUGAUGCAACGCGUCUCCACUGCAAAGGAGACGUGGACUUCAUUUCGGAUGCCGAAUAUGACGCCAUACUUAGAAGUAUACUGAAUAUAUUUGUGCUGCUGGUUUGCGUGUUGUCAUUUGCUCUUUGCGCCAGAGCACUUUACCGGGCAUACCUCUUGCGUUGCCAAACGGUUAAUUUUUUCCGUGCUCAUUUUAAUAAGGAACUUAGCUUUGAUGGACGCCUUGAAUUCGUUAACUUUUGGUACAUCAUGAUUAUCUUCAAUGACGUUUUGCUCAUUUUGGGCUCUGCCUUGAAAGAACAAAUCGAAAGAAAGUUUUUGGUGGCAGAUCAGUGGGACACCUGUUCGCUGUUUUUGGGUAUUGGUAAUUUACUAGUGUGGUUUGGAGUUUUGCGCUAUUUAGGAUUUUUCAAAACCUACAACGUUGUUAUACUCACAUUAAGAAAAGCUGCUCCAAAAAUAUUCCGAUUCCUCGUUGCUGCCUUACUUAUAUACGCGGGCUUUGCGUUUUGCGGUUGGUUGAUACUCGGACCUUAUCACAUGAAAUUCAGGUCUCUGGCCACGACAUCUGAAUGCCUUUUUUCAUUAAUAAACGGUGAUGACAUGUUCGCCACAUUUGCCACACUUUCGUCCAAAGCCAAUUGGCUGUGGUGGUUCUGCCAGAUAUAUCUGUACUCGUUCAUAUCGCUCUACAUCUAUGUGGUGUUAUCUCUAUUCAUAUCUGUAAUUAUGGAUGCAUACGACACUAUAAAGCGUUAUUACCGCGACGGCUUUCCAUUGUCCGACCUGAAGGAGUUCGUGGGAACACGUACCGAGGAGGACCUAACCUCAGGGGUUUUUAUGAACAACAUGGAUGACUUUGACCAAAGCAGUUUUAUCGAUGUCAUGCGAAAAGUUUUCUGCUUUGGUUGUUGUAGAAAUGCCAACGCCUCGUCUGCCUCCGGUCCAACGGGCUACACAAGCCUAACAAGUAUUAUCAAAUGAAAAGCCCAUCGCCACAUUAUUGAACUGGAUUCCCCCACUCACAUUUAUAUAUCGUUAUGUUAUUUAGUUCAAUGUUACAGUAGAUGUGUAAGAUAUAUGUGUAUAUAGUAAGCUAUUGUAUUGUAAACGUUUAAGAAGCCGUUUUCCAUCCAUCGGGAAAGUCUGAAACGGUUGGGUGCAUUUGCUUUAAACAAACCACCUUGUGUAUGUUAGCAGACAGAAUGAAGUGGAUAUGGUUGUAUGUACGAAUAUUAUACAUAAUAUAAAUAUGGUAUUAAUUUAUAACUUUAAAAUUUGUAUAAUUCUUCAAAUUGGCGUAUCAAUAACAACACAGAGCUCUUGUUUGAUGCAUUUAUAAA